ACUUUCGAACUACAAGACCUACCAAUGUAUUGGUUAUGUUAUAAGCCCCUAUAAAACUCUCUGCACUUCGCAAUAGACUUUUGUUUUCGUUUGUUAGUUACAACGUUUGGUUGUACCUGCUCGUGGUAAAACAAAAAUCGUUAAAAGAUGAAGAUAGCCCUUGUAGUGGCAGCAUUCUGCAUAGCAGCUUGCUAUGCUGAACCAAGACCGGCAAUUAGCCAGGCAAGAACAACAACAACAACUGCCACAAAACCAGGACGUUUUCUAUCACUUCCUGACCCAGCGAAAUGCGCUAAACGACCAAAAGAAUUCUCGUACCGUGGAAAGAACAUGUUCUUAACCAGCCAUGUUCCAGCAUUGGCCAACAAGAAGGUCGAUUGGUUGGACGGACGUAAUUUGUGCCGUGAAUUCUGCAUGGACUUGGUCGCCCUCGAGACCCAAGAGAAAAACAAUCUAAUCUUCCGUGUUAUCCAACAAAACGACGUACCAUACAUCUGGACUGCUGGACGUAUCUGCGAUUUCGCCGGUUGCGAAAACCGUCCCGAUUUGGAACCAAAGAGCGUCUACGGAUGGUUCUGGUCUGCAACUCGUGAGAAGAUCCAAGCCACCAACAGGAUUCCACAAGGAUGGGGUUACAACCCUUGGUCCCAAACCGGACACAAGAAGCGCCCACAACCCGACAACGCUGAAUACGACAUCAACCAGACCAAGGAACAGUGUUUGUCCGUGUUGAACAACGUGUACAAUGAUGGUAUUGCAUGGCACGAUGUUGCCUGUUACCACGAGAAGCCAGUUAUCUGCGAGGAUAACGAAGAACUGCUGCGUUAUGUUGCUGCCACAAAUCCAGGAAUUCGUCUAUAAGAAUUUUGUUUGUAUUCGUUAAAUUUUUGGAUAGUGUGUGUGUUCUUAGUCUUAGAUUUUAUUACUUAUAAUUAUUAUUUUUUCUUUUGCUUUAUUUUCUUUUAUUUUUAUUUUUUAAUUUUCGUUUUGUGUAAAAUCUUUUAUACUUUUCUCAAAACCUCCUCGAUUGUCCAUUGUAUAAACUCAACGACAAAAAUUAAAAACACCGAGUGGUCAGUUAUUUGACGUAUAUUUCCGAAAUCGUUUUUUAAAUUUAAAUCUUUAGAAGAAUUUUAGUGAAAUGUUCAAAAAAAAGGUCAAAUAUAUGAGAAUUCAAUUUAAAAACAAUAAGAGAGGAGGUGUGCAUCUUUUGCGUGUUUUUUUUUCAAAUUUCAUCUUUACUUAACUGUUGUUUAUUUUUUUUUAUUAUGAAUAUUUAUUUUCUUUUAAUUUUUUAAUUGAAAGCAGUUUCUUUAAAUAAAAAUAAAUUUUACAGAAGAAGAAAACAAAAAUAAUAACAAAAUCCUAAAAAAAAAAUUAAUAAAAAUUUUAUAAAAAAUA